AUGUCGCAGGACAGAGCCCAGAAAGGCUCCGGCUCACAAGACCCCACUGAUAUCACUCAACAACCUCUCUCCCAACCCGCUCACAGCCUCACCUUUGAAGAUGUCAUCGCUGAACUCGGCAGCAACUCGGACGAUGGAUUGACCACUGCAGAGGUCAAGCAACGCUUGGAGAAAUAUGGCGAGAACAUGCUGGAAGGAGACGAAGGCGUUUCCUUGGCAAAGAUUGUCAUUCGGCAGAUCGCCAACGCCAUGAUGCUGGUCCUUAUUAUUGCCAUGGCCGUUAGUUUUGGCAUUCAGUCCUGGAUUGAAGGAGGCUUCAUUGCAGCAGUCAUUGCCCUGAAUAUCGUCGUCGGUGUUUACCAGGACUAUGCAGCGGAAAAGACCAUGGACUCGUUGCGAUCCCUUAGCUCACCUACCGGUGUAGUCUCCCGUGAUGGAAAGACAUCCACUGUUCCCGCCAACGAAAUUGUCCCUGGUGACAUGGUCGAAUUGAAAGUAGGAGACACCGUUCCCGCGGAUGUCAGACUAGUUGAAGCAUUUAACUUCGAGACCGACGAAGCUUUGCUGACCGGCGAGUCCCUUCCGGUUUUAAAGGAAGCCGAAAGCACCUUCGACCCCGAUACAGGCCCAGGCGACAGACUGAACAUCGCAUACAGCUCAUCCACCGUUACCCGAGGACGUGCACGCGGUGUCGUCGUGGGAACCGGAAUGAGAACUGAGAUUGGAGCUAUCGCUCUCGCCCUCCGCGGAACCGACUCAAAGCGUCGUCCUGUCAAGCGUGGACCGGAAGGUGAAACCAAGAAGAGAUGGUAUAUCCAGGCUUGGACAUUGACGACUACCGAUGCUAUUGGUCGAUUCUUGGGUACCAAUGUUGGCACACCUUUACAGCGAAAGCUCUCCAAAUUGGCGCUGUUGCUAUUCGCUAUUGCUGUGAUCUUUGCCAUUGUCGUUGCUGGAUCGAACAACUGGCGCGGUGAUAAUGAAGUCAUCAUUUACGCGGUCGCUACAGGUCUGGCCAUGAUUCCCGCCUGUUUGGUAGUUGUGUUGACCAUCACCAUGGCUGUUGGAACUAAGCAGAUGGUAAAGCGCAAUGUCAUCGUUCGGAAAUUGGACUCUCUCGAGGCUCUCGGAGCUGUCACCAAUAUUUGCUCAGACAAGACUGGUACCUUGACCCAAGGCCGUAUGGUCGCAAAAAGGGCUUGGCUUCCAUCCCUGGGAACCUACUCAGUCGGUGCCUCGAAUGAACCUCUCAACCCCCAUGAAGGUGAUUUGAGCUUGAUGCCCGAACAACCGAUCAAGCUGGGCUCCGACAACCUUGGCCAACCAGCAUCGCCAGAUGAUCUAUUGAAGGACAAUGUUGCACUCAAGGACUUCCUCAACGUCGCUGCUAUGGCCAACCUGGCCCAUCUCCACCAAACUGCCACCGAAGGGUGGCAAGCUCGUGGUGAACCAACCGAUAUCGCUAUUCAAGUCUUCGCCUCUCGAUUCAAUUGGGGUCUCGAUCGCUGGACCAAAGGCGAGAAGCCUACCUGGCACCAGCAGGCCGAGUAUCCAUUUGAUUCAAGCGUGAAGAAGAUGUCUGUUAUUUUCUCCAAGCGCAGCGAUGACUCCGAGAAAUGCCAUGAAAUGAUUUUCACCAAGGGUGCUGUCGAGCGUGUACUUGAGGCCUGCACCACCAUCAAAUGGAAGGCUGAUUCCGAGCCAGUUGCUAUUACCGAUGAUAUCAAGGACGAGAUCUUGCAGAACAUGGAAGCUUUGGCUAAAGAGGGUCUUCGUGUCCUUGCUUUGGCCGGUCGCGAGAAUACUGCUGGCACCCAAAAGGGUGGCGAACCCCUUCCCCGCGAGGAGGUCGAGAAGGAUCUGUCGUUCUACGGCUUGAUUGGUCUUUAUGAUCCUCCUCGCCCUGAGACAGCCGGAGCCAUUGCUCAAUGUUACAAGGCUGGAAUCGCCGUGCACAUGGUGACCGGUGACCACCCCGGAACUGCACGGGCGAUCGCAGCGCAAGUCGGAAUCAUUCCUGCCAACAUGGAUAUGAUCGCCAAGGACGUUGCUGACGCGAUGGUCAUGACUGCUUCCGAAUUUGAUAAGUUAACUGAAGACGAGAUUGAUCAGUUACCUACUCUCCCACUGGUUAUUGCUCGCUGCGCACCGAACACCAAGGUCCGCAUGAUCGAUGCUCUGCAUCGCCGUGGACGCUUUGUCGCUAUGACUGGUGAUGGUGUCAAUGACUCCCCAUCGCUCAAGCGGGCUGAUGUCGGUAUUGCCAUGGGCCAAAAUGGUUCUGAUGUGGCCAAGGAUGCAUCGGAACUCGUGCUCUCUGACGAUAACUUCGCAUCGAUCAUCAACGGUAUUGAGGAAGGUCGUCGCAUCUUCGACAACAUUCAAAAAUUCGUUCUCCACCUUCUUGCAGAGAACGUUGCUUUGGCUCUGACCCUGCUGAUUGGAUUGGCCUUCAAAGAUGAUAGCAACCAAUCUGUCUUCCCUAUCUCUCCUGUCGAGAUUAUCUGGAUCAUUAUGAUUACCUCUGGCCUUCCUGAUAUGGGACUUGGAAUGGAGAUCGCCGCUCCAGAAGUCAUGGAUCGCCCUCCUCAAAGUAAACAAGGUAUCUUUACCUGGGAAAUCAUUAUCGACACCCUCGUCUAUGGAGUCUGGAUGGCUGGCCUGUGUCUGUCAGCAUUUGCCCUCGUCAUGUUCCAAUGGGGCGAUGGCGACCUUGCCAUGGGCUGCAACACGAAAUAUAACGACCCGACCAAACCUUACACUUGCGAGACCGUAUUCCGUGCUCGCGCUACUACCUUCACCUGUAUGACCUGGUUUGCCCUCUUCCUCGCCUGGGAGAUGAUGAACCUCCGCCGCAGCUUCUUCCAGAUGCAACCCGACUCGAAGAGAUACUUCACCCAGUGGAUGCAUGAUAUCUGGCGCAACAAGUUCCUCUUCUUUGGCAUCAUGACCGGCUUCGUCCUUGCCUUCCCUAUUCUCUACAUCCCCGUGAUCAACCACAGUGUCUUCAAGCACACCAGUAUCACCUGGGAAUGGGGUAUUGUCUUCGUCGAGACUAUCCUCUUCUUCCUUGGCAUUGAAUCUUGGAAGUGGUGCAAGCGUGCCUACUUCCGUCGCCAGGAUCGCAAGGCUGCUGCUCGGGGUGACCAACCCGGUGGUGAGCACCGGGGUCUGAGAGAUUUCAGUCGCUACACCACCAUGGACCGGUCGGACACAACCGGUAGUGAGAUGAAGGUCGAGCAAUCGAUGGUCUAG